AUGGAUUUUUCCGAUGGCAGUGCCGUGGACAGAGCGAGCGCGAGCAGACGGACAGAGGCGCCAAGACCAGUGUCGAGAAGAGGCUAUCGAGAAUACACGAACAGUGGUUCAGCUAUUUCCAGAAGCGGCAAUAUGAGGCCUACAUCGGCUUAUAGAGGGCACACGGCGUCUAGACUAUCCACAGCUGCGUUCGGACCGCCUCCAACGACGGCUGGCCGCCAACCAACAGCCAUGACCGGAUUUUCUAUGAUCGACAGGCCGAUAACUCAACAAGGCAUUUCGGGCCUGCGCACUGGAACUGCUAGGGGAUUUCGCACGAGGCAGCUGCAAGAUAAACGCUACUGGGAGGAACUAAUGCAGGUGAAGGUGCGCGAGAUGAAAGCGGAGAUUGCUCGCCUGAGCGAACAAGUCGAAUCCGGCGAGAGAGAGAAGUCCGCGAAGAAACACUACGAGAAGAGAGUAAGGGAGCUUGCGCAGGAGUUGACUGAUUUACAAGGACGGUUAGCGGAUUACAAUACAGCAAUUCGUAUCGCCAAUGGUGAAGCAUCGAAACAGUCGGUCGAAGAACAAACGAGAGAAUUGGAAGUGAGCAACAAGAAGUUGCAGGAGGAGGUCGAACAGGUGUUCUUGGAAAAGCAGAGGAAGGAGAACCAGCUAAGGCAGCUGAGAGAGCAAAUGGAUAAGGAGCAGUCAUCUAUCUCGCAACUGCUGGCAGAAAUGUCACCGGAGCAGAGGGAACAGUAUAACGAACUUGAGACCGCUGCUGCGGCCUUGAGGGAAGAGGUAGAACAGGCUAGAACACAAAUGGAUCAUCUAAGCAGAGAGAGGGAAGAAUUCAACAGAGAGAUCUCGGUAUCCCAGAUAAAAGUACAUCUAUUGGAAUUACACAAACGAUUGGCCGAAGCCGAAGAGAAGCGCGACAAUCUCAAGGAUGAAAUGAACAAUCGUUUGGAUCCUCAGGAGGAACGAGAGAAACUAUUGCAACAGGUUCGCGAAGAUAAUUCUGCGAUCGCUUCUUUAGAUAGUAACGCUGCGAACUUGAAGGAGCAAAUUAAAAAAGUACAGGAACUGAUAGAACAAGCGGAGCAGGAUCUAGAGGAAGGCAAUUCAGAGCGCCACCAAAAAUACAGAGAACUGAAGAAGAGAGAGGAAACUAUGGACGCCUUUAUGUCCACCUAUGAAGAGAGUCUCACGAAAGAGAAGGAUAAAAUCGAUCAGUUGGAAAAAGAUAUUGUAUUUGCACUGGAGCACAGCAGUUCCAAUAUCGACCUAGAUCUAACUGAAAUUGAUUCGUUGAAACAAAAGGAUGGAUACGUAACUACUUACGACGAGAGCAAGAAAACUGUAGAAACGCUGAUGAAGGACUACGAAAGAUUCCAAGCAAAUUUGAAAAAAGCGGAGGCUACACGCGAACGUUUAGCGACCGAAUUAAAAAUGUUGCCAGAGAAGACGCGAGUGAUGGAGGAAGAACUAGUAACACUUUCUGAUCUCGAAAGACUCAGGGAUGAAGGUGAAGAGCAGAAAAAGGCUUUAGAAAUUGAGUUGCAAGUUUUGAAAGAAAAGCUAACUCCCACCGAAAGUGCAGUAAUAGAGGCGGCUAAUAAACUAAAGAAGAUUCAGGCGGUUUUAGAUGGCAACGAGAUGUACGCAACACUGAACAGUCUAGAAGAUCAAGUAGCUCAACUUGAAAACAGAAAAACUAUAUUGGAAGAAGACAUAGCGUCAAUUACCUUGAAAGCGGACUAUGAACCAAUAAAGAAGCAGGCCUUGGAGGAAUUGGCAGUGCUCAACCAGAAGCUUAUAGAAAACCUUGAUAGUAAAAAAUCCUAU